AUGGAAAACGCGGCUCAGACCGCCUACCAGUGCUCCCAAUGCCAAGAGAGUUUCGGCAACGCGGCGGAUUUCAUUACGCACCAGGCGCUGCACAAGGCCGAAUCCUGGUUCCCUCCCUUCUACCACCCCGUGUCUUUUGUCGGCAUGGACUUCAGCGGCAAGCAGAAACCGUUUGUAUGCUUGGAUUGUGGCAAAUGCUUUAUGUACAGGUCGGCGUUCACCAGGCACCAGCUCGUUCAUACAGGAGAGAAACCCUUCAUCUGUUCUGAGUGCGGGAAAGGCUUUUCCCAAAAUACACACCUGGCCAAACACCGCAAGAACCACAACACUAUUGCCUGA